AAUUAAAACGAAAAUAUAAAUACGAAAUUUAAAAAGCCAAAUUACUGAAAGAGCGCUUCAUCCCUCUGCUUGCUCCCGCCGCCAACGACAAACCGUCCUCCGCCGUCAACGACGCCGAGCCCGUCCUUAACACGCCUUUGACUCUUGGACAAAGAUUGUUCUUUGACUGAGGGAAAGGUUGAUGGAGAUUGAUAGAGCUGAUGGUCGUACAGCAAACCAAUUGAGACCGUUGUCUUGCUCUCGCAACACCCUCCACCGUGCUCAUGGCUCUGCCAGUUGGUCUCAGGGAGACACAAAAGUUCUUGCUGCUGUUUAUGGACCAAAAGCUGGAACAAAAAAGAAUGAAAAUCCUGAGAAGCCCUGCUUUGAAGUUAUUUGGAAGCCUAAAUCUGGACAAAUUGGGAAACUGGAGAAAGAAUACGAGAUGAUUCUCAAGCGGACUGUACAAAGCAUAUGCAUUUUGACUGUCAAUCAAAAUACCACAACCUCAAUUAUAAUUCAGGUUGUCCACGAUGAUGGUGCUCUUCUGCCUUGUGCCAUAAAUGCAGCAUGUGCUGCUCUUGUAGAUGCUGGAAUUCCUAUGAAGCAUCUUGCUGUUGCAAUAUGUUGCUGCUUGGCAGAAAGUGGAUAUGUGAUUCUGGACCCCACAAAGUUAGAAGAGCAGAAAAUGAAGGCAUUUGCUUACUUAGUGUUUCCAAACUCAAUUCUCUCGGUCCUUCCAGAAGGGUCAUCAUUGGUGGAAGGUGAACCCAUGGAGCAUGGGAUCAUUACUUCUGUUACACAUGGUGCAAUGUCAGUGGACGACUAUUUUCACUGUCUAGAUAGAGGGCGUGCUGCAAGUGCAAAGUUGUCCGACUUUCUGAGGAGGAACUUGCAAUCACAAUUACCAAGCCACUCAUCCAAAGCAGGGUGAUUUUAAAGUAACUGCCUCCCACAAAAUCUUGGACUGGUUUGGAUUAAUGGGUGCCUUCCUUUGUUGCCUGGUAUGGCUGAUUAUGGGAGGGUGUUAUUUGAGGAGAGUACGUGCCUCUAUGAAGAAACUUGAUGUAAACAACAAAUGGAACCAAAACCUGUUGUUAUGGUAGGGGUUUUGACCCACAGCAUAGCCUGCUUGUUGUACUGGGAAGUGGGAAGUACUUUUCAGUAUAUUGUAGAAAUAUCAUUUUUGGUCAUUAUUUCUGAUCUAAUCCUUUUCAUU